UCACGACCGAUCCCCUACGCCGCCUUCCGUCCCUCCUCUUCACGCCCAGCAACGCCCGACGUUAGAUGCCCUCCAUUCUCAACCUCAAGUUCAAAGGUAACAAGUCCUUUGUCGCCUUCAGCAACCUCGGCGACUCCGACUCGCUCACGAAGACAUGGAAGGUCUGCACUAAGGUCGCUAGCUUCCUGGAGCAGGGGCAGCGGCUCGAGAACCUCAGCUGGCGGCUCUGGCACCUCCAGAACCUCAUCGUCGACACCGACAAUGCCAAGUCCAAGCGCGAGUUCCGCAAGCUCUCCAAGGUCAUGGGCGACAAGCUGGACAAGGAGAAGGGCAGAAGCAUCGAGGAGCUCCAAGCUCCGGGCUUCAGACGCAACCCAUCCACCGACAUGAUCAAGCUGCGCGCCGAGGAGAAGGAGCGCAACCGCGAGGCCAGCCAGAACGCGCAGCCAGGCACGAUCAAGCGCAUGCAGUUCACCUUCAGCGUCGACCAGCCCAACAACACCUCGGGUACCCCGAUCCCCGUCGCCAAACCCGACCUCAAGCCCUCGGCCGAGUUCAAGGACAACAACGCCAAGCGCAACAGGGCCGCCAUGCGUGCCCCUCCCGUCCCCGAAUCUGCUAUCCAGUCCGAGGCGGCGCAGGACGCCGCCCAAUCUUCCGCUAUGGACUUGGACCAGCCUCUCACGCAGCGCGGACGCAAGUCCUCCGUUUCCACCCAGGUUUCCGAGAUGUCCGAGUACACUCGCGAGUCGGCCUCGCUUCGCUUCCCCUCCCUCUUCACGAGCGACUUCGGCCCCUCCGCUCUCCUGAAUCCCACUCCGACCACCCGCCAGCCGAUGACCUACGGCGAGGGCCUCAGCUUCGGUCGCGCGUCGGUGAACGAGUUCGGAAUAAUGCGGCCGACACUGGAGAUUCCCCUCGACGAGCUCCUCGGUGACCUCGGCAACCCGUCUCAGUGGUCGGGAAGCGGUGGCAGCCAAACAUCGGGCUCCCCCGACAUCAUGAUGCGCUCCUUCUCCGACGGCUCCAACUCCGAGGUCAAGGAGGACAGCAGCCUCGCGACGACUCCUUCACUCGGUAGCUCCCUUUCCCUCCCUCAGCUCAGCGCCAAGGAGAAGGCCCCCCAGACAGUCGCCCCCUCGAAACUCGGCACCCAUCAGGGCAAUCAUACCCCCGUCGGCCGCGAGCGUCCCUCGCUGAGCGUCAAGACCGGGUCCAGCCGCUCUGUGCCUGGUGCCACCGCCACGAGCGUGACCGGCUCCAGCACGAAGACCCACAACUCUGCGCCUGGUGGCGUCAAAGCGGAAUGCUCGAACUGUGGCGCCACUCAUACCCCGCUUUGGCGACGCGGGCUCAACGAUGAGCUGAACUGUAACGCGUGUGGGCUGUACUGCAAGCUGCAUAAGCGCCCUCGCCCGAAGACCAUGCGCAACAGCCAUGGAGAGGGUCGUACCCAAGUCGCCCCUCGUCAGGACACGGUCGACGUCAUGACCGCCCAAUGCUACAAUUGUCAUACUACUACCACCCCGUUGUGGCGGAAGGACGACGAGGGGAAGACUGUUUGCAACGCCUGUGGUCUUUACUACAAGCUCCAUGGCGCCGCUCGCCCGAUUUCCAUGAAGUCCGAUGUCAUCCGCAAGCGAUCUCGUCACGAUGCCCGCCGUGUUGGCACCGGGGUUGGCGAGACUCCGUCUGCUAGCCCGGGCGCCAGUCGCCGCGCCUCGCCCUCCGCCGAACCGACCUUGACCCCUACUCUCGCUCCCGAUUCCACGACCCAGAUGUCCUACGGGGAAUACGACUACCAUCCGUCUCAGUCUGAGCUCAUGAACGCGCUCGGCGGGGCGGACGCUGGCAGCAACAACUUCGCCGCGCCGAACACGUUCGCGAGCGCCCUCGCCUACAGCGGAUACCCUGGCCCGUACCAUCCCGAUUUCCUUGCCAAGAACUAUGUUCCGACCGACGCCCUGCCUUUCGCUGCCACCUCUGACGCCUCGGACAACGAGGAAAACAACAACAACAACAACGGCGAGACCCGCACCACCAAGCGCCGGCGAAUGAGCACCGUCAGCACGACCUCGUCUUCCGCUACCGACCCUCCCCUCUCCGCGACGUCCUACAGCUCCUACGACAGCUAUCCCAGCUCGCAGGCUGUGUCGAACUCGCACUCGCGCCGCUCCUCCAUGGACUUCCCGUACAACACGUAUUCCUCUUACGGCUUGAUGCGCAACUCGGGGUCCAGCAACGCGUUUUGGCACGGUUCGCUCGCGCAGACGAACUCGCCGCAGUUCAUCCACCCGCCGAUGCUUCCGCCGGAUGAGAGUCCGAUGGACUAUCUUCACCCGCCGAUGCUUCCUCAGGAAGACAUCGCGGAGGCGAUGUUCCAGACGUAUCUGCACCCGCCGAUGCUUCCCCCGGAGGAGCAGUCGGGACAUGGGAACAACCACAACCACAACGGAAACGGCAACAACAAGUCGCCGAACAUGGGCUCUCAACAGCCGCAUCCGCCUAUGUUCCCCAACGACUGGAAUCACGACUACUAUGCUCAAGGCAACAACGAGAACACGGCGAUGCAGACGAGCUACUGAGCGGUCUUGGAAGCCCAUCGCCGCUGCUGCCUUCGUCCAUCAAGCAUUCCUGAUUCAUCUCUUCCGGGUCUUACGUCGCAUACAGAUUUCUCAACGGACUGCAGGUGCACCGACUGCGUCGCGAGCAUCUAUCACAUCGUUAGAUCUUUUCAUUCCGCGCGUUUCUCUACCAUCCAUCACGAUUGGGUCCCGAGCAUUUCUCCCUCAUGCUGCAUGAACGAAUCACCACGCUCUCUCCGUCUCCGUCUCCCAUUCUCUUCCUCCUUUCCCUAUGACAUCGGUUAUCCCUUAUCUCCCUCCCAUUCUUGCCGGCCUUCUAAGUAUUCUUGCUUCCCCACCUUGUAUCUAUCACCCCGAUUGCGAAGGGCUUCGCACGUUUUC